AUGGAGAAGACAGUUCGGGACCAUGUGCUCUGGGCACUGGAUGAGUUGGAAAGCAGAAGUCUGAAGAGCUUCCGUAACAAGUUAAAUGAUUGCACAGUUAAGGAGGGCUAUCAAAGGAUCCCCAGAGGCCAGCUGGAGAAUAAAGACCCUGAAGACCUCACAACUCUGAUCCUGAAAAACUACGGGGAUUCGUAUGGGGCUGAACUUACUUUAAGCAUUCUAAAGGCCAUCAAUGAGAAUAAAGUGGCAGCAGACUUUGAAAAGCUCCUGGCCAACGGUAAGACUGGUAGAAGAUUUUCUAUUAUAGAUUCUUCUGCUUCUUGCUCAGGCCCCAAGAAGCAUUUUGUGGCUAAACAUCGGGAGGCUCUGAUCAGUCGGAUGUACAUCGUGGAGGGAGUCUUAGAUGGUCUUCUAGAAGAGAAUCUGCUGAACCACGAACAGUACGACCGCGUGCGGUGCCAGAGGACGUCGCAGGAGAAGAUGAGGGAGCUGUACAGCUACAUGCGAGGCUGGGGGGACAACCACAAGGACCGAUUAUACAACUGUCUACUAAAAAACAACAAGCCGCUCAUUGAAGACCUGAAGGACCGAGAACGUGCUCCGAACUAA